UUCUCAUCUCAAGGAUACGAUUCGUUGUUUGUUUUUAAAAGAACAUACACGAGUGACGAAAUCGCGGAGUUGACGAGUGUCUCACGUUCUCAGGGGCGCAAACGGCAAAUAUCACCAUCGGCUCGCCGUUAGGAGAGAGUGAGAGUGAGAGUGAGAGUGAGAGUGAGAGUGAGAGUCGGUCUUCUAGGUCCUGGCGAACACGACUUACAUCUGGGAUAGCAGACGUCAGCCACCACAUGCGCCUGUUGGCGUCUUGGCCUCCAGAUGGUGUGGAUGAAUGAACUAUCAGGAGCGACUAAAGAGCAAGAAGACAGCUGGCCUCACAGGAGGUUGAGAGGAGGAAACCAGCUGUUGCAAGGACGGGGCGACAGGAGACAGGAGGUCGAGAGAAACAGUCUCAGGCAAGGAAGAACAGAUAGCCAGCGUCAGAACCAGCUGUCUCAAGGACGCCAGAUCAAGUAGGACGUUCAAGCAAGAGAAGAAACUGUCAGCGCCUUCAAAAUGGUACUUAGCAAGGGUCAAGACCAGGCGCCUGACAAGGCCUUUGCUGUCCCCCCUGCCUCGCUUGCCCCUCUGGCCACUGACCCCGGCGCGGUGACCUCUCAGCCCUCGGCCGAAGAGACUCAGUCCGCCAAGUUCACGUCUGUGGAGUCUCACACCGCAGGUGAUAUUUCCCAGACUACUGCCGAUGAUUCCGAGACGAAGCAGAUAGAUGUUGCUGACCCUGGCACCUCUCUGAGUACUAUAACUAACUCCCAGCCUACAACUUCUGACCUGAAGGCCUCUCAGCCUGCAAGUGCACACACUGAGGGUUCUGUAAGCACGAGGGCUGAUUCUGAGUCACCUCAGGCCAAAACUGAAGGAAUUGACACUUCUGGCCCCAGUGACCAUAACAAUGAGCCCACACAAGACUCAGCAACCAUAUCUGAAGCCUCACAGACAUCAAAAAGCGGGACUGAUCCCAUUCAAACCAUUAUUGCUAGUUCCAUGACCUCCCAGAUGCGUGAUUCAAGCACUGUUACUUCCCAUAAUACUGAUGCUCUUCCUGAGACCCCACAAACUGCACCCAAAAAUAAGACAAAGAAAAGGGGAGGAGGGAAAGGUAACCAAAAAACAGAAGAGAUUGUUGAAGAACCGGCAAGCAGCACAGGAACAUCUGCCGCCAGUAACCACCCGAUUGCCUCGUCACCACCUAGGUUCUUGCGAGUGAAGGGCCCCAAUGGUCAAGUGACCACGUUCAUGCUGGUGGGCCCGAAUGCAGGACAAGGCCCACCCCAGUUUUUCGGACCUCCACCAGCAGGACCUCCUCCCCAGGGCUAUGUGCCCCCAUAUCAGCCACCACCACAAUACUCCCCUGUGGUGUCUCCGCCAUUGACACAAGCCUCGCCACCACCUCACUACACCCAGAAGUCAGAACGGCACAUGCGCCAGUAUGAAAAACCUCGAAAGUAUUAUCAGCGACAGCCGCAACACCAGCAUGUUAACAAAUCAGGAACGAGCAGCCUACACAGCACCCCUCCCUUAUCCCCUAAGAAAGAACUACUGCCCCGGAAGAAUGCUGGAGAGGAAGAGAUCCAUGCUGAGGAUGGUGAGGACCCCAGAAACAACCUUCACCUCCUCCUGUCUCAGGUUAAACCCCCCAAGGUGAUAAACUUGACUCCCUAUGAAGCUGUUCUCCAGUGGUCAGCACCGGAGCUAAGCAGUCAGCAGCAGGAGGAGAUCCCAGUCUCGGAACUCCUGUAUGAGGUCUUCCUAAACAAUAGCCUGCACAAGUCCAUUGCUGCUACGCAGGUUACAAUUAGUGGGCUCAAACCGGCCACGGAAUAUAGGGUCUACUUGCAAUGUGUAUGUGGAAGUGUGCGUGGUGAUCCAACCAACGUGACUCCGUUCCACACUCAUUCUACUGUGCCCGACACUCCACAGCAACCUAGACUUGCAUAUAGAACAAAAACAUCAUUACAAUUCAGAUGGGGUGCUGUCAAAGAGAAUGGUUCAAGGGUGACAGCUUUUGUCCUUGAGCUGUACGGAGGCAGUGGCGGGAAAUGGGAAGAAGUGUUUAGAGGGCGAGGAAAGCAGCACACUAUCACUAAACUCACCCCCAACACUCGCUACCAUGUCCGUCUGGCUGCAGUCAAUGAUCAUGGGCAGAGUGACUUCAGUCCGGAGGCAGUGGCAUUUACAAGUGGCGUGGCACCUUCGCAGCCUUCCCCACCCAACUUAGAGCAAGCAUGUAUAAAUUCGCUUAGUCUAGGAUGGUCUAAACAGCCUCUUGAGGAAACGUUUACCCUCCAGAUGGAAGAUUCAAUGAAUGGAUAUGGCUUUCGGCCGGUGUAUAAUGGCAGUGACACAAAAUACGAGUGUCAAGGCCUCAGAAGAAAUGCUGAUUAUAAGUUUAGGCUGUUUUCCCACAAUGAAGAAGGCACAUCACUUCCUUCGGAUAUUGUUUGUUACCGCACACUGCCUGACCGCCCAAAACCACCCUCCCCUGUGAGCGUAAAAGGUCGGCCCAAAUCAAACAGGUUGUUGUUAACCUGGUCACCUCCAGCCGACCAUGGGGGCUCCACAGUGACAGACUAUAGUCUGGAAAUCGACAGAGGCAGUGGUUUUGAGCUCAUUUACUCUGGGAAAGACACUGAGUUUGAAUGUUUGAACCUUGAACCGGGAAAGAGCUACCAAGUACAUGUUUUAUGCAUAAGUUUAGGCGGCCUGAGUGACUGGAGUGAAACUGCGGUGGUGACCACAGAGGCAGUGCACCCAGGUGUCUGCCAGCCUCCUCAUGUAUUGGGGAAACCUAAGGCUUCCAUGCUGCAGCUAAAGUGGGCCCAUCCUGAAUAUAAUGGUGGAGCCACUGUUACCGAAUUCCAAGUGGAGAUGACAGCACCAGACAAUGAGAGAAGGCAGGUCUACUGUGGCCGAGACCUGGAAUGCACUGUUGCAAGCUUACUACCAGGUCGGCCGUAUAUCUUCCUUGUGCGUUGUGUAAAUCGAAUGGGACCAGGGCCAUGGUCAGAGCCUCUCGAGGUGGUGAGUGGUGCUGGCCCACCUGAUGCACCUCACUCCCUACACCUGGCUUGCCGUGGCCCACACUCUGUCCACCUGGCCUGGGAGGAACCAAUAAACAAUGGAGCCGCUAUUGAGCAGUAUAGUGUUCAAGUUGCAGAGGUCUCAUGUCCUCAUGCAGAGUCCUCAGAAUCUUCAUCAACAUGUGGGGACCCUGAGUCUGACUUGACAUUCAACAAUGCGUACACUGGGUCUACACCAACUGCAGAAGUGCGCAACUUGGCCCCUGCUACCACCUAUGCCUUUAGAGUGUCAUGCAGCAAUAGUGCUGGGGUAGGCCCUUGGUCACCCAUCUCAACUGUUACAACACCUGCUGCCCCACCUGCUCCUGUGGCCUACAUCUCGUCCUCUCCAGCAGCUACAUCCGUGACCUUCUUAUGGGGAGAGCCUGCCAAUCAUGGAGAUCCUAUCACACACUAUGUUAUUGAGAUUGGAGAUCGCACAGUCACCACACCAGGGCCAGAUACAGAAUACACCAUCGAAGACCUCAUGCCAGAGACUUUAUACAAAGUACGCAUUCAGGCCAUCAACAGUGUUGGUCCUGGAGGUCUGAGUGCAGUGCACAAGGUGACCACGAGGCCACACCCACCCACGCCUCCUACCAUUGAGCUUGUUAGGGCAUCCUACAACUCUCUGAGGCUCAAGUGGGGUGAUGGGCGCAAUUCAGACCUUCUUGUGUACUCUCUGCAGAUGGAGUUUCCCAAUCCUCAUAGUCAUACCACAGAGUUCUAUCAGGUGUAUAAUGGAACAAACCAGAAUUUCAAGGUAGUUCGACUUGAAGAGAACACUCUAUACCGGCUUCGAAUCUGCGCAAGCAAUGAAGCUGGAGUGGGCCCUUAUUCUCCUGUGGUUGAGCUGCGCACAACCAAGGCCCCCCCACCACCCCCCAAAGCUCCACGGGUGACAGAGGUUACAGAUGGAAACCAUCUGGUUGAGUGGUGCAGUGUACGAUGCCCAGGGGAGGACUCAAUCACAUACCGUCUGCAGGUGCUACAGGCUGGAAAGGACCAGGAUUACUCUACGGUCUUCACUGGCAGCGAAACUUCAUACGAGUUGAGGGAUCUGGAACCCCACAGUGGAUAUUUUGUCCGUGUGUGUGGAGUUCGUGUCUGCAGUGAUGGAGAGAGGAUGGCUGGCGCAUACUCUUCCCCUAUGUUGUUCAACACUCCAAAACCACCACCUGUCACUACCAUGAAGACAUCUACCAAUCCAACACAGGAAACGGGACUGCACUGGCACAGGCUGAGUGACCAAAACAAGGCGUUUGCGAUCCUUCUUGUCUUCUCCAUCUUCUGUGCCAUUGCUGCCAUUGGCUUGCACCACUUCGUGGCCCCCAAUGCAGAGCGGUAACCCAGAGACAACUUGUAUCUUCAGGUUUUAAAAAUAAAAUUGUGGAAGAAAUGUAGCUGGAUGGAUCCUGCAGUAAAUGACCAAGACCCAUAUGUGAAGUAAGCAGGCAUUAUGCAGUUGCUGCAGAAGGACUGUUGGAGACCACAAAACACAGAAAACCUCGACUUCUUUCCAUAUCGUGUUCAGAGAGGGUAAAGGUGCAGAUGUUGUUGCGCACUUGAUGUGUGGCCAAAGUAUAUUAUGGUAAAAUUUAGCCUGUAGGCUUCAUACAAGCAGGGUCUGAUUAUUGUUUUUUUCAUUAAUAGUGAAUUUUUUAUAAUCAAAUGAGAGUCUAAAGGUACAUUAAAAAACUGGUACUGGACAAAUGUCUUGCAGAUUUAUUGUUUGAUAUUAGAGGUUUAGGCUUUUUAUACAAAAUGCUUUCUUUCACAUACAAAAAGAUAAAAGAUUACUCUGUAGGAAAGAUCCAAAAUACUAGCAUAGUCAUAGUAUUAUGAAAUGUAUUGUCGUAAACCUACAAAACUGGUAUGUAGUGAGAGAUUGUCAUGAUUCCCUAUAUUCUUGUGGGUGCGGUAUGGUUACCUUCACAACAGGAUGUACCCUUCUACUCUCAUUGAAGACUUAAAUAAGGUGCUGACUUACUUUGUGCAAGAAAAAGAAAAAAAAAAAAAAAGAAUUGAAUAAUUAUUAGGUAAGAAAAGAAUCCCUGCUUCCCAAAAUGUAUUUUGAGCACAAAACCUUUGCUUAAUAUUAUGUGCUGCCUAAUGUGUUGUUUAUGAUGUUGUGAGAAUUAGGUUUAUAUCAUAGUCUCAGAUUUCAGUUGUUGGAUUUAUUAUUGUUAUUAUUAUGAUUAUUAUCAUUAUGAUUAUUAUUAUUAUUAACAUAGUUAAAUUUAUAAUUUCUGUGCAGUUGUCCCAAGUGAACCACCACACAUUCCGUGAACUAAAAGAUCCACAUUUAGAUAUUCAUUUUUGUAGUUUAAGUU